AUGUCGACUAGUCAAGGUACAAUUACCUCGAUUAUACACGAGUAUGAAAUAUUAUACACUGCACGGGUGAUUCAAAAAUCAAAAAAAUGGAAUGAUGGGAAACUUAAAUUUUAUGAAUUUAAUAGAAAAAUUGAAAUUCAUAAUGAAAGUGGACAUCUAAUCGCCACAGAUUUUUAUAAAAACAAACCCGUUGGUGUAAUAUUAGAAAAACUUUUCUUUGAAAAUAAUGAAUUUAAACUACCCAAUGCCAAUUUUCUCAUUCAAAUACAAGGGAAAUUACGUGAUUUCGAACGUGAAGUAAACCUACGAGUGAAAAAUGAAGAUAGCCAAGGAAGUCAGAAAAAUGGAAGUCUUGGAGUGAAUCGCAGAGCAACUCAAGAUUUACCAUUCAGUGGUCCAAGGAAUUCAGUUAAUACUAUCCCAACGCCAAAAAGAAGAGUUGUCAAUGCUAGGACGUUAGUUAUAAAGGAACCACCUAUAACACCCUCAAAGAAUCCACCAGUAAAGAGACCAUUACACGUCACACCUCAGAUAAUCAAAGUUGUUAAUCAAAGCAUAGACGCCACCUCACUGAAUGUACAGAAGAAUAUGGGUACUAGCUCAUCCACUGCAAUUCCAAAUCGAAAGAUUGGACUACCAAGAACUAAAUCAACACCAAAACCAAAAACCAACGAUCUUUUGACAGAAAAUGUAGGGCAAUUUCCACUGGUAUCACACAAACCAUUAUUAAGAAUGGAUAAGUAUGUUAAAUCCCAAAUAGGAGAUACUGUUCUGGAAGAUCAUUUAAGACUGAUAGAUCAGAGGGUAGCAAAAAGAUCAUGUAUUAGAAUUCUCCCGAAAACGUCUACUUAUUACCAAUACUUAUUCUCACCGACAGAGCAAGAAGAUGAUAACAAGAUACAUAAUACGUCAUUAGCUCCAAUACUUGGAAGUUUGGGGACAGGUAGAGAUAACACACAGAGGAAUAAUACAGACAUCGUGGAUAAUUUUAUUGAUGACGUUGAUGCAAGUGGGCAACAGCAUUCAGUGGAAGAGCAUAUUGAAGAAGAUGAGGAGGAUGAUUAUAAAAUCCGAAUACUUGAUGAUGAUGAUGAUGACGAUGAUGAUGUGUUAGACGAAAUUGGUGAUGUAGAUGUGGAAGAGGAAUUUGAGGUAUUGGAAAAGGAAAUUGACAAUGAAGAGAAACAAGAAGAAGAUAUUGACUAUGAGCCUCUGAGUUCAUCAAAUGAAAUAAGUGAGCCAGUAGAACCAUCACAGAUUAAAGCUUUGGAAAGAAAAAUUGUACAAGCACCAAAAGAUAAUCAUGAAAUAUCUGAUAGUGAGAAUGAAAUACUGGAUUCUACUGGUCUGCCACGUGUUCAGUUAAAACAGGAACAACCAUUUCGAAUAUCCAAUAAAACAAUUGAGGAUGCUGAUAUGGUUUAUGACUUAUCUGAAAUCGAACAGGACGAAAAAUUUAGCACCAUGUUGGAGGAAAUGAGGAAAGGUCAGAAAGCAUUGACUCAUGGUCGCAAUAAAAGACGGAGAGUAUCAAAGGAAUACAAUGAAGCUGCUGAAUUUAAUUUAUCUACGGAUUCGGAUAUGGAAGAAAUAUAA